UAAUGGACGAAAGAUUUUUAUGGUUUUUCUUGUGUUGAAUUUCCAGCGGGAUGGAACAGAUGUGGCAGGUGGAGUUCCAAAGACUGUUUGCCCAAUACCUUCCACAUUUAUGGUUCUUAUCUGUGGUAGAAGAAAGGCCAACCGGUGUGUGGUCUGUUUUCGUGGAUUCAGCCAAGGUCCGGUUUUGUUGCGAGGAAUGUGGCCAUGGCUGGACUUCUAUGAAGGGAAGAGUGGCCUUUUGGUUCACUCUUAACCUCAUGGUCGGCGAGGGUUUCGUACUUUUUAAACUUUUUGGCCAACAGUGUGACCGAUGCAAGCUUGGGCGCUACGAACCCGCUAUGUGGUACCCAGAGGAGGUCAUAAAGGUUUUGGCCAAUGUUUACAACAGAAUUGGGCAGGUUUACUACGGUUUUUAUCAACCACCAAUCCACAGAAGCCGCCGACAAGGGAAACCUCGCACCCCUCACAACAGCGACCUCUGCCAAGCUUGUAAAGACGGGGUUUGUACUGAACGUAGAUGAUCCUAAAGGCGUUAUUAAUUCGUCACCUGUUAAAUAAAAAAAAAGAGCUAAAAUUAUAUUUCACCAAUCAAACCUUUAAGUAAUAAUUUCUCUUCUAAACCCUCUUACAGCAGAGCCGUACUAAUUAGGUUUGGGUUUUGUUUCGUGCGUGCCUCUAGUUCUGUGGUUGAUGAAAUACAUGAUAUAUUUUUCUAACGUUUUUAGUUUUCUAACUAUUUUGAUAUAUAUAUAUAUAUAUUUAGGGUUGUACAGUGAUUAAUGUGAUUGGUUUAUUGUUGACAUAAAUAUAUAGCUUUUAUUUUCA